UCCAUGCGGACACGCCCAUCUUUUCCAGCAAGCUUCUCUCAAGCUCAAGCUCAGUACAGUAAAGCUUAUAUAUUUAUAGCAAUGGCCUCCACAGAAGAGUCCACAGACGUAGCUGAAGAGAGCCCAGAGUAUCUGCGUGAGAUAACUGAGCUCAAGUUCCAGAACAUCUCCAUCAAAGGCUACGAGAAGAAGGCAGCUGGAGGUUUCACUAGGGAGGAGUACUAUGCCUACCGGAUUGUAUCAAUCCUCACGAAUGCUGACUCAGCACUUGGAGAGCCAGCCCCGCCCCCUUCUGAUGACAGACAGAAGCGUAAGAGACAGGAGGUGUGGCGGAGGUACAGUGAGUUCGAAGCCCUGAGGAUAUUCCUGUGCACAAUCUACCCCCACUGUGUGGUACCCCCUCUCCCGGAGAAAGCCAUCAAAGGAUCCUCAGGUCUUCUGAGCAAGAUAACAUUCACUGGUGAAGACACAGACUUUCUUAUGAAGAGACAGCAAGCACUUGAACUGUUCCUGGUCCGAUUGUCACGUCAUCCUCAGCUCUCCCUCAACGUGUGGUUUCAUCAGUUUAUGCACAACAUCGGCUGGAGAGAGGCAGUUCAAAAGAGUGGCUACUCCAACAAAGCAGAGUCCCUACUCCAGUCUCUCUCAUUCUCACUCUCAAAGCAAAAGGCCGACAGUCGUUUUGAAGAUGUGAAACAAUAUUCUGAUGAACUUGAGACGACCUUCAAGGCACUCUUGGAUAUUCGACAGCGAAUCAAUACCACGAUGACAUCAGUGUACAAGGUGCAUUCUAACUAUGGCCGUGUUUUCAGUGAGUGGAGUGAAAUUGAGGACUGUCUGGGAACAUCGCUGCAGAUAGCAGGAGGCUGUAUGGACAGCUACUCCGAGUCAGUGGACAUGUACAUGGAUGAAGAAGAAACUCGAUAUUACCUACCCCUCAAGGAGUAUGUUGCGUAUUGUGAGAGCCUUCGGGUCGUGGUACGACGACAAGAGGCUCUGCAGAGACAUGUGGAGAAAUGUGAGGAGGUGCUCUCCUCUAAGGCAGAGGCUAAGGAAGCUCUUGCUAAAGAGAACCCUGAGACUGGUGGCAGUGGUGGCAGUCGCUUCUCCUUCAAAGUCCUCACCACUAAACUGAAGGGAGGGGACACCUCUUACUUUGGUCGCAUGUCUGCUGCCACGAGAGACCUACAGGAGGCAGAGGACAGUGCCAAGCAAGCUCAGAAAGACCUGGAGUUGUUCACAGCCAAAGCUCUGUCUGAGCUGGAGCGGUUCCACUCUCAAAAGGACUCGGAUUUCAAGAGCAUCCUCAUCAACUAUGUGCAGCUACAGGCACACAUCCACAGGAAGGGAAUUACUACAUGGGAAAGAUUCAAGCAAGGAUUUGAGAUGAUGUCAUAGACAAAUAUAACUCUAUUUUAGAGACAGUAUAAUUAUAUAUAGUGUGUGUGUGUGUGUGUGUGAUGUGUGUGUUUGUGUGCAAUAAAGCAUCAAUGACCCAAA